AUGCUACCGGGCUUGGCCGCCGCCGCUGCGGCCCACAGAUGUGGCUGGUCCUCCGUGUGCCGGCUCCGUCUGCGCUGCAGGGCGGCGGCCCGCGGCUCCAGCGAGCGCCAGGAAUGGCAGAAUUUAGUGGCCUUUGGAAGCUUCUCAAACGUGGUUCCCUGUGGUCACCCAUACUUUUGUACGCUGAGUCAAGUCAAGCUGUACUCUACAGAUGUUCAGAAAGAAGGGCAGCGGUCAGAAACCCUCAGAGUAGAAAAAGUACCAUCAUUGGAUGAAGCAGCAGAAAAUAUAGGUGCAGAACUCAAAGCUCCACUGAUUAAGCAAGAACCUCUCCAAGUAAGAGUCAAAGCAGUCCUUAAGAAGAGGGAGUAUGGACCAAAGUACACUCAGAAUAAUUUCAUCACUGGAGUCAGAGCAAUAAAUGAGUUCUGCCUUAAAGCCAGUGAUCUGGAGCAACUUCGAAAAAUCCGACGACGAAGUCCCCAUGAAGAUACUGAGUCCUUCACUGUGUACUUGAGAUCCGACGUGGAGGCAAAAUCUUUGGAAGUUUGGGGAAGCCGUGAAGCUCUUGCCAGAGAGAAAAAACUGCGUAAGGAAGCAGAGAUAGAAUACAGAGAAAGGCUAUUUAGAAACCAGAAAAUAUUAAAAGAAUAUAAAGACUUCCUGGGCAAUACCAAGCCACGUUCCAGAUUGUCAUCAGUUUUUCUUAAGGGUCCAGGAAAAGUGGUGAUGGUUGCCAUUUGUAUCAAUGGAUUAAAUUGCUUCUUUAAAUUUCUUGCGUGGAUUUAUACGGGUUCAGCAAGUAUGUUCUCUGAAGCUAUACAUUCUUUAUCUGAUACAUGUAAUCAGGGUUUACUAGCAUUGGGCAUCAGUAAGUCUGUUCAAACACCAGAUCCUACUCAUCCGUAUGGAUUUUCAAACAUGCGCUAUAUUGCUUCACUUAUUAGUGGCGUUGGUAUUUUCAUGAUGGGUGCAGGAUUAUCUUGGUACCAUGGAAUUAUGGGAUUGCUUAAUCCUCAACCAAUGGAAUCCCUUCUCUGGGCAUACUGUAUUUUAGCAGGAUCAUUGGUGUCUGAAGGAGCAACACUUCUUGUUGCUGUGAAUGAACUUCGUAGAAGUGCUCAGGCCAAGGGAAUGUCGUUUUACCAGUAUGUAAUGCAAAGUCGUGAUCCUAGUACCAAUGUUAUAUUAUUGGAGGAUACUGCAGCCGUCUUGGGAGUGAUAAUAGCUGCCACUUGUAUGGGCCUUACUUCUAUAACAGGCAAUCCACUGUACGACAGCCUCGGUUCUUUGGGUGUGGGCACCUUACUAGGUGUGGUCUCAGCAUUCCUCAUCUACACUAACACAGAAGCACUGCUAGGCCGAUCCAUCCAGCCAGAACAAGUACAGCGGCUAACUGAACUCCUGGAGAACGACCCGUCAGUAAGGGCAAUUCAUGAUGUUAAAGCCACAGAUUUGGGACUAGGUAAAGUGAGAUUUAAGGCAGAAGUAGAUUUUGAUGGACGAGUUGUUACAAGAUCAUAUUUGGAAAAACAAGAUUUUGACCAGAUGCUACAGGAAAUUCAAGAAGUGAAAACUCCUGAAGAACUAGAGACCUUUAUGCUUAAACAUGGAGAAAAUAUUAUUGAUACUUUAGGAGCUGAAGUAGACAGACUUGAGAAAGAACUAAAAAAACGAAAUCCUGAAGUUCGACAUGUUGAUUUGGAGAUAUUAUAGAUUUGAUGGAAUGAAUGACUUCGGGACAAGCCUCAGAAGCAAGUUUGUUGAGCCUUCUCUCCCACGCUGAAGGAGUUAGCGCCAUUCAAAAGCCAUUUUUUUAAAAGAUGAAGGAAAUCGUUUAUGUAAAGGGUGAUUUAACAAUCCACAGAACUAAAACUACUUCUUCUGAGAGACACGUCACACACGGAAUCAGUUUGGAAAUCAUGUUUUUAUGGUUUAGUAGGGAAACAUUUUUGUUAAGUCGAUGAUACUUUCUCAUUUGGGCCUGUCAGAGUAUGUUGUACCUUGCAAUCAUGUUUCCUUUCUUCACAUUGGUAAAAAUAAGCAGCAGCUGUAGGAUUUCGAUUUUUUAAAUUUUGUUUCCAUGGAAGAUUUCACUCCAUCCAAACCUGCCAAUUUUGAACAUGCUGGCUAAAUCUUGGUUUGUGGUUUUUAAAUGGUCACUUCGUUUCAGUCUGUUUGUCUAUAGAAUGUGGAAAUAAUUUCCACAUACCUUGUGAUUUUGCCCUGAGCACUAAGAGGAACAAUCUCCUAUCCUGGUUAUCCAUAAAUGUUCAUUCCAGAAUUCCCUUAAUUACUGAAUCGAAGGAUGGCCUUCCAAUAUGCUCUUUGAGGUCAUUGUAGGUGCCAUUUUGUAAAUUUUCUUAUCUUUUAUUUGCUUUUUUUUUCUUAUUUGGUUUAAUUUUUCUAAUGCUAAAAGAUAUAAAAUAACCCUGCUUUUUGUAUGGGCCAGUGUAAUGACUUGUUUUUUGUUUGGUUUGGUUUUUCUAACUGGCUUCAGUGCCAUUGUAUGUAUUUACUAGGACAUAAUGGGUUUGUAAGUAUUUUGACAUUCUGUAAAAUGGACUGGGAAUAUUUAUAAUUUUAUAGACAGGACAGCAUUUUAUUUUUAAUUUAUUUUAAAAGAGGCACUACUUAUGUAAAUCUGAACUAUGGGAUAUUUCUUGCUUUAAGAUUAAGAAAGAGUAAAGUGAAUCUCUUACGCAGAAAUCGUGGCCGUGAUUUUGUAUGAUAUCACAGUCAGUAUUGUGUCUGUAACAUGAGUUUUUUUGCAGUUACAAAUGGGCAUUUAGCAUAAUAUAGGCCUACAGUAUCAUGUAGGUAGCUUUCUAGCAAUCAUAAAAGUAUCAAGAUCAGAAAACCAAAAUUCAGAAAUUGAAAAUUUAGUGCAAAGCUAUAGCUCUGUUUCCAUUCAUCAGAACAACUCAUACGCACUUUAAAUUGUUCAGGUAGCACUGGGCCCGUCCAUGCAACAGUGGUGGCCGAGUGAUCUCUGCUGGAUGAGGGAGUGCUGGGCAGGAGGACCUGACUGCCUGUGUAAGGUCAGUUUCUAAAGCUCCCUUAGGGUACAGUUUAUGAAUUACAGCAAAUUGUAAUGCCGGAAGCAGUUUUUAAGUUUUCCAUUCAGAGGUUUUUUGAUCCAGAAAUGUCAUUUACUGGAAAAUUGUGAAAAUUUACAUUGUGGUACAUUUUUUUUACCAUUACAAAACAUUCUGCAUGUUGUACAUUUUAAGUAAAAUAACAUUCCAGUUUUAUUUUUUAAGAUGCAAAAUUAUUUUAUAUGUAUACAUAUACAUACACAAUUGGGUUCUCUGUUCUUAUGGUUUUCCUACUAUUUUCUGAAACUUUUUUUUACCCAUUGUAAUUCCCUCCACACUUCCCAUUCCCCCUCGCUUCCCCUCCCCUUUCCCACCUGCCAUUUGUUAUUCCAUGUUGCCGCUUAAGGAAGGUACCAAAUGACAUCCAAUCCCCUUUUGGUGAAAUUACUCUGAAAAUUUUUAUAUUGCUAGGCAAGAAUAAUUUAACUCAUUUAAAAAAAUCUAAAGUUGAUGUGCAGAAGUUAUUCCAAAUGGUAGAUAUUUUAGGUCUCUAAAGGAAGCCAAUUCCUGAUAUUUCUGAGUUUUCUAAUCUGAUGUGAUUGAGGUCAGACCUAUUCUUAAAUAAUAAUUGAAGGCUUAUGUUUCUGUCUUAUUUUCAGUGCAGAACAGCACUGAUAUUUUACGGUGUAUUUAAGCAAAAUUUGAUGUGAAGAAGUACAGCAUAUCAAGCAAUUUGAAUACUUUUAUGGAAUCAGGAACCGUAUGACACCUCUGGACCUUUUUUCCUUUUAAACGAGUCAAAUUUUAACUUGAAAACCAAGGAUUUUGGACUUUUCUCUUUAAAAAUAAGAUAAUAUCUUGUUUGAGGUUCUUGUGUUUUUUUUCAAAUUAAUAGUUCUUUAAGUCUUGCCUAGAUCCAUAUAAUUUGAAUAUUUAAACAUAUAAGUGUCAGUAUUUUCAAGGAAAAUAGCUUCUGUAGUAGAAUACUUGCAAAAAUAACAUUGGGCAGAGAAGAGGACCGUCAAGGGCCCAUGACUCCUCUUUGUACUGAGCUGAAAUCUGGGAGCCUCCGGGGGUGGGGUUCACCCGUGCUCAGCUUCGGCUGAGACUGGGUCUCUCCUCAGGGCCCACACUAGGGCAGGGUAGCACAUUGUCUAGACCAUGGCGGAGGGAGGGAGGGAAAGUGAUGGAGACCCAUUUUUAAGUGGACCAUGUUGGUGGCCAAGAGUAUCCAGUUCCAAAGAUGAGGAUUCCUGAACAUGUAAAGGAAACUGAACUAGUAUCAGAUUAGAAAUUUCCCCCGCCAAAAGUUAAUGUCUUCGUAUGUCACCCCACGUACAUACCAAACAACCCAGAAUAACAGAAUGGCACAGGACUUGAAUUUGGGGUAUAUUAUUUUAGUGUAACCUUAAUUAUCCUAUAAUUUAGCUAAUGCUCUUUGCUAAAAUUGUAGCAUCUACAAGAAAUGGCUUAAGUCUUAAAUCUUAUAACUUUUUGAGGUAGAAUGCUGGGAAGUACAGAAAAUUGCAUAGACAUUUGGAAUUUACACUAUCAAGCUUUGGCAUUUUUAAAAAAUGUGAUGACCCCCAGUGUGCCAAACUGUCAGAAGUCAGUGAAGCAAAGAAUUGAAGGUAAAAUGUUGAUUCAAAGAUUGUCUCUCCAAAAUCCCUUGUUCCCGUCUCUAAAAUGGAACUUUGGAAGGUGUUUAUAUAGAAAAUUGGUCUUGCAGCCUUUAUAUUUACAUUUAAGUUUACUAGCAUUCCUAGACUUGGUUUUAUGGAAAAAGAAAAAUUUUGUUUCUGUUACAUUGUAUUUCAGUUGUCCAGUUUCGCUGGCAGAUGAGAUGGUCCCCGUCCCUCAGGAUGCAUUUUUCUUUAAUAACCGUCUUACUUAUGUAAAUAAGAGCAGUUCACUAUUAGUUUGGGAUUUUUUUCCCCUGAUGAAUAAAUGUUUUUUACACAUAAAUUCUUCUUUACCUCA